CUGUGGCGGGAACGUCAUUUUCGGGUUUUUGUCCAGUUAAGACAUCUGCAGCUGGGGAGUCGGUGCGAGUUGUCUCUUCCUGUGUGAACAUGGUGCGGACCAAAGCAGACUACGUCCCGGGAGCCUACAGAAAAGUGGUUGCUUCUCGAGCCCCCAGGAAGACGCUCGGCUCUUCCACCUUUGUCACAAAUUCUUCAUCGUGUUCCUCGAGAAAAGCUGAAAAUAAGUAUGCAGGAGGGAAUCCAGUCUGUGUGCGCCCAACUCCAAAGUGGCAAAAAGGCAUUGGAGAAUUCUUCAGGCUGUCCCCUAAAGACUCUGAAAAAGAGAACCAUGUUCCUGAAGAAGCGGGAUGCAGUGGCUUAGGAACAGCAAAGAGAAAAGCAUGUCCUUUGCAACCUGAUCACACAGAUGAAGAAAAUGCAUAGAACUUACUCAUCUGAAUAAUGUCUUCAGUUUACUUAGGUAUUCUGGGAUGUAAAUUUGGGUAGAUGUGUUUGUUCAAUUGACUUGUUGAAUAGGCAUUUAGUUAAUGGAAGGCACUAAAAUUUAGCCAUUCAAAAGCAACUGGUUAUAAAAGGGAGAAGUUUUAUAAUUUGUAAAUUAUAAUUGCAUACUUGAAUUUAUAAUGUCAUGAUAUGUUACAGCUUCUUUUACCUGUUAAGCUUCUUGCUAAAAUCAACAUUGCAUGAUGUUUGAAUUACCAAUCUACUGUCUUUGAGAUUUGCCUAGAUCUUUGUUUUAAUAUCAUUUUAUGGGAACUUGAUUAUUGAAAUAGUAUUAUUGUUAUGGUCUGUUUGCUUUUAAAAGUCCACUUAGUCUUUUUCACAUUAAAAAAUCUGUAAUAAUUAAAUUUA